AUCAGAAUGAAAUACGGCGAAACAUCGCUCUUCGAACAUAAUAGUCCAUUUUCUCCACCUCUUUCCUGCUUGUCGUUGACCUAUUCCCCACUUAAACCCACUUUUAUUAUUUCCGGGUUACCGCGGUGGUGACUUAUUACAUUUGCACGACCGCGGACACGCCCUCUGCGAAGUGGGAGGAGCAAGGAGAACAUUGUACUAGAACAUUGUUCUAGAACACUACUAUACACAUUUUUUUUGACCGUCAAGGAGGAGAACAUGGCUUACGCGGGAUACGGCGCCCCUAACCCCCACGGCGGUGGAUUCCCAGGAAUGCAGCCACAGCAGCAGCAGCAGGAUCCACUCUAUGGAUACUUUGCAGCGGUGGCCGGGCAGGACGGCCAGAUCUCGCCAGAGGAGCUGCAGCAGUGCCUCACUCAGUCUGGCAUCUCCGGCGGUUACAAACCCUUCAACCUGGACACCUGCAGACUGAUGAUCAACAUGCUGGACAGAGACAUGUCCGGCUCCAUGGGCUUCAACGAGUUCAGGGAUCUGUGGCAGGCUCUCAAUGGCUGGAAAACCAGCUUUGUGUCGUAUGACCGCGACCGGAGUGGCACGGUGGAGGGCAAUGAGAUGCAGCAGGCCAUCACCUCCAUGGGUUAUAACAUGAGCCCUCACGGCAUGAACGCCAUCAUGAGGCGUUACAGCACCAACGGGAAGAUCUCCUUUGACGAUUUCGUGUGCUGUUUCGUCCGCCUGCGCGCUCUGACGGACCAUUUCCGGCGCCGGGAUACGUCUCAAAACGGCAGCGCCUCAUUUCAGUACGACGACUUCAUACAGGUGACGAUGAGCAUGUGAGGAGGGACGAGCCUUCCUGCGGUGUUUGUACGGUGGAACCGCCGACGUCUGCAACUCUCUUAAGACCUCGGCUUCUUUUUUUCUUUUUUCUUCAUGUCACCACUAAAGGGUAUGGCAAAGCGGGAAAAGUGUGAUGGUAACCAUAGAACAGGAAAUUGAACUUAACGGGUCUGGCUGCCCAGUACAAUAUUGAUGGAACAAUUAUAUACACUCAUUUUUAGCAAGCGGAUGCUAACAUGAAUAGCAUGUGUGAUGGCCAACAAUUAGCAGGAAUAUGAUCAGAAAUGAGUUUUCUUGAGUAAUGACCUAAGCCAGGGGUACCCAAACUACGCCACCGUCCAAAAUCCAGCCCGCGGGAAGUCCCAAGUUACUACAUUUUUUUUAAAUUUUUUUAAUCUGUCCUUUCUAAUCCAUUUUCUACCGCUUGUUACUCUCGAUGUCUCCUAGCCGCUCAGGCAAAUCAUAUUGUCUAAAUAUGCAUUUUCCCAUUGAUAACGUGACAUCAUCACGCUCGGAAGAUAUAUAUAUAUAUAUAUGUAUAUGUAU